CUCACCCUUACCCUCCCGAGGGUUUCGCGGGUUCUCGGGUCGGCCCCUCGCCCUUGUGUGGCCCUGACGGCGGCACGAAGCUCUUGGACGUGACGCUGGUCGACGCCCAGGACUACUGGGACUACUGCCUCGCGUCGCCGCGGUGCCUCGUGGACCCGUCGCAGUUCGAGGCGCAGCAGUUCGGCAUGCCCCUCGAGGGCAUCUGCGACCACCUCGGCGCGACGUUCAAGCAGGGCAAGGUCGAGACGCUGACGAAGGAGUCCGCGACCCUGGCCGGCGGCGACGUCGUGCCCUUCGACUACUGCGUCGUCGCGACCGGCGGCUCGUACGGCGCCGGCGCCAUCUGGACGGCGCGCCCCGACGAGCUGACGGCGGCCGCGCGCAAGGCCGGCUUCGAAGCCGAACACGAGGCCUUGGAGGGGUGCAGCAACGUCGUCGUCGCGGGCGCGGGGUUGGUGGGGUGCGAGAUCGCGGGCGAGAUCAAGGCCGCGUACCCGGACAAGAACGUGACCCUGAUCGGCAACGAGCUCUGCCCGAGCAUCACGCGCGCCCAGGCCGCGCGGCGCGCCAAGGCCCUCGAGAAGCUCGGCGUGGUCGUCAAGGAGGGCGCGGGCCGGAUCACGACCGAGCCCGCGGACGGCAAGAUCACGACGGACAAGGGCACGACCGUCGACUGCGACAAGCUCUACGCGGCGACGGGCUUCAGGUUCGACCCGGCCUUCGCCAAGGACCUCC